AUGUGCCGCGAAUCCCUGAAUAUUCGUCGUUUUUGCGGAAACGGUCAUCGGCUGACUGUUCGAGAACAGAUACGAAUGCUCGUGGAAGAUCUCGGGUACAGAUACUGCAAAAUGUCACAAGCACAACUGCAAAUGGUCGCAGACCUCGAGAUGGAAAUGAUGUCUGACAUGUACCGACGAAUGUCCGCUGCCUGUCAACAAAAGUGCAUCUCCACUCGUUAUAAGUAA